GCCAUAUUGUAAAUAGACCAUAAUUUUCUUUUCUUUCUUCUCACAUGUUGUGAAUGAACUUUUACUAGUGCCAUAGAUCUUUCGGGAAAACGAAAUAGACCACGAGGUAUUAUUGGAAGGCGUGCUUAUUUUAUAAGAAAAAUCAGUUAAUAUUAACUGCAAAACAAGAUGUACAGAUUCUCAAAAUUAAUUCGAAGCAAUAACUUUAACCGAAUCCUAACACACAGAACAUACGCCAAAGAUGUUCGCUUUGGUGCUGAAGUUAGAGCUCUUAUGUUGCAAGGCGUUGAUAUUUUAGCAGAUGCAGUUGCAGUGACAAUGGGUCCAAAAGGACGUAAUGUCAUUCUCGAACAAAGUUGGGGUAGCCCAAAAAUUACCAAAGAUGGUGUUACCGUUGCUAAAGGAGUUGAAUUAAAAGACAAAUUUCAAAAUAUUGGAGCGAAACUAGUUCAAGAUGUUGCUAAUAAUACAAAUGAAGAAGCCGGAGACGGAACAACAACGGCCACAGUAUUAGCAAGAGCAAUUGCAAAAGAAGGCUUUGAUAAAAUCAGUAAAGGAGCAAACCCAGUUGAAAUUCGUCGUGGUGUAAUGCUUGCGGUAGAAAAAGUAAAAGACGAAUUAAAAGGAUUAAGUAAACCAGUCACAACUCCAGCUGAAAUUGCGCAAGUCGCAACAAUUUCUGCAAAUGGUGAUACAGCUAUUGGAAAUUUAAUUUCUGAUGCUAUGAAAAGAGUUGGCAAAGAAGGAGUUAUAACUGUAAAAGAUGGAAAAACAUUAAAUGACGAAUUAGAAGUGAUUGAAGGAAUGAAAUUUGAUCGUGGUUAUAUAUCGCCAUAUUUUAUGAAUUCAACAAAAGGUGCAAAAGUUGAAUUUCAAGAUGCACUUGUUCUUUUCAGUGAGAAAAAAAUUUCAACCGUACAAAGUAUAAUUCCAGCUUUAGAAUUAGCUAACUCACAAAGAAAACCACUUGUCAUUAUUGCUGAAGAUGUGGACGGUGAAGCACUUUCAACGUUAGUUGUUAAUCGAUUGAAAAUUGGUUUGCAAGUUGCCGCUGUAAAAGCACCAGGAUUCGGUGAUAAUAGAAAAGCAACUCUUCAAGACAUGGCAAUUUCAACUGGUGGAAUUGUUUUCGGAGAUGAAGCUAAUUUAAUUAAAUUGGAAGAUGUACAGUUGAGCGAUUUGGGACAAGUAGGUGAAGUUGUCAUUACAAAAGAUGAUACACUAAUUUUGAAAGGAAAAGGUGAAAAAGCUGACAUUGACAAAAGAGCAGACCAACUUCGAGACCAAAUUACAGAAACUACAUCUGAUUAUGAGAAAGAAAAAUUACAAGAACGUUUAGCAAGAUUGGCCUCUGGUGUAGCUGUUCUUAGAGUUGGUGGCAGUAGUGAAGUAGAAGUUAAUGAAAAGAAAGAUCGAGUUCACGAUGCUCUAAAUGCAACACGAGCAGCUGUUGAAGAAGGCAUUGUACCUGGAGGCGGAACUGCACUUCUUAGGUGUAUUCCUGCUUUAGAAAAGCUAGUAGGAGAAAACAAAGAUCAACAAAAUGGAAUUGAAAUUGUAGCUAAAGCAUUGAGAAUGCCAUGCUUACAAAUAGCACAAAAUGCAGGAGUUGACGCUGGCGUUGUUGUUGCUAAAGUUUCAGAAGGUAAACUUGGUUAUGAUGCUUUAAACAAUGAGUAUGUUGAUAUGAUUGAAAAAGGAAUUAUCGAUCCAACUAAAGUUGUGAGAACAGCACUUAUUGAUGCAGCUGGUGUUGCAUCAUUGCUUACAACAGCAGAAGCAGUAGUUGCAGAAAUGCCGAAACCUGAACCAGAACAUGCAAUGGGUGGUAUGGGAGGAAUGGGAGGUAUGGGUGGUAUGGGUGGUAUGGGAGGAAUGGGCAUGUAAAUUAGAAAAUAGUGAUUUAAAUGUUUCUAUUUCCACUUAUGUUUUUACGUUUUUAUCUAGUUUUAAAUUAUCUUUUACAUACAUUUUAUAAAAAAAGAAAAAAAAAAUCAACACGUAGUUAAUUGCUGAGAGUAAUAAUUAACUGAUUUAUUAUUUGAAUGACUAAAUUACAUAAUUCAAUUUAAAAUUUAUUUUGACGAUCAAUAAAAGUUCAAAUUCAUAGAAAUUAAUGUCAAUCUUACUCUGUACUCCUCAUGUCUUAUAUAAAAAUUAAAAUCCUAAAUUUCAA